AAUGUAAAUGUGCUGAAAAUACUAGAUGCAAAAGUGAACUAUUAUUAUCUUUUUUUUUAAUUCAGCAUGAUUUAUCAAAUGCAUUACUAAUACUUUUGCAUAGUCGUUUUUCCCUCCAAAAUUCUGUCAGUGAAGGUUAUGUCACAUAUUCUAAAAGAUUAAGUAAUUAGAUGGGAAAACAUAAAUUGUAAUUUUUCAUGUUAGAAUUUCCAACGGCGCUACUUACGGUAUUCAAAAUUCAUUCCAUGUUCACUUAAUCAACAUGGUUCCAGUCUUUAAAAUUUGUGAGUUUAAUAUUUUAUCCGUUACAGAAACAUGAAAAAGCGCUACGCAGCAGGAAUGAUCCGGACAUUGUAUGUGUGCGUUACUGCAGUACCACCUCUUAUUUCGAGUUUAAAGACUUCAAGUGCAAGAUUUAUUUAAUAGCGGCUCGCUGUAAGCAAACUCCUUGAAAGAUUUACACGGCUUACAUUAACACAUCAGCAGAAGGCAGAAAACUUCUGUAUUUCAUCUCGGAGCGCCCCGGUCCCAUGUAUAAUGCAUGUUGCUUAGGUCCGAGGACUUGUUAUAUUGCUUUCACAGUUUAUUGCUUCUCUGAUCGAAUACGAUUACAGAUGCUCCCAGUUUACAUCUGCAUCUCCCGGUAUGGUGCGGUAAUGGAAUUAUGCCCCUCUCUACACUACAGAACAUGCUCGGUGUCACUUGCAGUUACAGCUAGCAGAUUUAAUUAAGAGACAUAAAGGGAAUGUUUCGUUUCGUUACGCUGAGGAUAUGGGGUGCAGUAUAUUCUGCGCGCAAAGUUUGGGACUUGUAAUUGCUCAGGUUAAGCAGAGGGUAAUUUUGCACUCCUUGCCAAGUUUGUGUUAAAGUGGCUCAUUAAACGAGACAAAUGUGCUUUCGGAAUGAAAAGUUUGGAAGCAGCCCAUUUGGUUCCCUACUUGGUGCAUUUGAUAUGUUCGGAAUGGCAUACUGCUUUUGUACUAUAGGUAUAUAUUUCUUUAUUUUUUUUACAGUAUGCAGUGUGUGCAUUAUGCAAAUUUUGGAAUAGUAUACCGGGAAGACUUUGCUAAAGCGUUUGCUUUUUUUUCAGACAGCCAAAUGAUAAGCAUAUUAUAAUUGCAUGCUAUUUUUGGAAGGCAUUACAUUAUUAAAUGAUAUAAUGCUGCAUAUAAAGCACUACACUGUGCACGCAGCGCUGGGUACUGUAUCCCACAAUGCAAUGCGCACACUCUCACAAGUGAGCCAUACAUAACGGCAACCGCUCGUUCAGCGCUUAUUUAAUUGCAAAACUACCAAACAUUACCGAAUUUGACGAAUAAACGACCUAAAUAAAAACGCUUUAAUAAGCCACCAAAAAUUCAAAACUCAAAACACAACAAAAUGUAAACGCAAUUAGACGCAAAUUGACUAUUUUCAUGAUUAUAACUGCAUGCGAAAUGCUCAGUUUGGCAUGCGUUGCUCCAUACAGAUGCAAAUUCCUAUCUGUGCAUGCCGUUACUGUAUAUGAUGCUUUUACUUUUUUCUAAAUAAAAACGGCAGCGUGCAGUACAUUAGUAUGCCACUCUGAACAGAUUCUUCUUAAGUUCGUCUCACUGUGUUGAAUCAUUUAUUAAUGGUCAUUUAUGGCCAUGUACUCAUCUGAGUUUCUGUCUCAUGGCGCUUGUGGAUGGAUGCACAUUUUGACACAUCGAUGGUAGAAACCACCAUCUAUCAGACGAUUCGGCCUACUGUAAUAGCUCUCAGCGGCACAUUUAGAUUGAUGUCUGGUGCUUUUCAGAAGGGGGCAGGGAAAGUGAUCAAACACAUUCAAUUAACAAAGGCGAGAGAUUUGCCUCUCGUUGUUGGAACUAAUGGUCUGGAUUCUUGUCAAAUAUUCAUGACUGUCUAACGCUCUGGUAAUCUAAGUUGGGAGGACAUUUAUAAGUAAUACGCUUUAUAAUUAACAACAAAGGCUUUGUGCAUUUUUAAUUCAUUGUCGAUCAUUGUGGUGAUUUGAUUUGAAGGUUUAUGACUAAUUGCCGAUAUAAUCAGUCAAACCCAGCAUGUGGUUUGAGUAAGAAUGUUCAUUUCAAAUGCAUAUAGUUGAUUUUGUCAACAUUUAAAACUGCAUUAGCAUAUAGAUGAGCUCAAAGCUAAAAGACAUGGAAUAACAGCCAUAAAAAGCUUAGUUUGCUUCCAAAUUUGCUGCAAAACACCUGUAAUUUUGCAGUUCAGGUUUGCUUCGGUGAAAGUUAAAUAUGCAGGUAGGUUGCCAUAGCCUAGAGAAAAUCUUGUUAGACUUUUUUUUUUUUUCGUUGCAUGCUUAUAUCUCUAUAAGAAAUCUUUGUUCUUCCUUUUUAGUUCAUAAAUGAAAGCUUUCCCUCCAGUCCUGGAAUCAAACAAACUUUUUACCUUUUUUUUUUCUCCAUUUUCAUAACUGUUUCCUCUUCACUUUGGAGAACUUCUCUAGUAAGUACACAACUAUAUAUAUAUAUGGUUGCACUUUAGAAUAGGUAACACUUGUUAACAAUUAACUACGACCUUUUCCUCACUAAAUUAAUAAUUUGCUGCUUAUUAAUAGCUAGUAAGGUAUUUGUUAAGUUUAGGUAUUGGGUAGGGAUGUAGAAUAAGGUCUUGAAGAGUAAGACAUUAAUAUGUGCUUAAUUAGCACUUAUAAAUGGCUGAUAUUCUAGUAAUAUUAUAUAUUAUAGUAUAUAACAUGCGUUUUAUAUUAGCUUUUAAAGGAUCUGCACAUAACAUAAUUUAUUUACAAACUACAUGCAUUGUAAAUCAUUCACUUAAAUAUCUAGUAAAUGUAGUGUGUUUUAAUACUCACACAGCAAAGCAUAUAUUUCAUUGGAAGACAGACAAUUAAACAUUUAGCUGCACUUUAACUUUGGCUGAAGUUAGCAUUAAUAAUAUUUUAACAUUAAUGUUUUAAUUAAUUAAAAUUAAUAUUUUACUUCUAAUUUUAAUUAUGUACUUUAAACAAUACUUCAUUUUGUAUCUGAAAAAGGACACAUUCAGCUGAUUAAACGGACAAUAAAGUCAUUUGUAAUGUUACAAAAGAAUGUUAAUGUUUAAUGUUCUUGAAAAAUAGUGUUCUUUUGAACCUUUUUAAGAACCCUGGCAAAAAUAUAUUAUGGUUAUCACAAAAAAUAAAUAAGUAGGUCAACUGUUUUCAGUAUUUUAAAAAAUAAUUAAAUGUUUCUCAAGCAGCAAAUCAGCAUACUAGACUGAUUUCUAAAAAAUCAUAUGAUACUGAAAAUUGAAAGUAAUGAUGCUGAAAAUUGAGCUUUUUCAUCACAGGAAUAAAUUUCUACUUCACAUUGUUUUACAGUUUGUUUUUUACCUUUAUUUAUUAAAGGAAUACAUUAUUAAAUCUUGCGAGACUUUUCACAAAUGAGGGCUACCAUCGAAUCCAACCAUCUUUGUACUGAUGCUCAGUAGUUUAUCCCGCAUUGUGAAAGCCUUUACUCGCUCCCUUUAUUGCUUCAGUCACAGUUUCUCUGAGGUUUCCUAUGUCAGAUCAAAGACCCCUGGACCACUGCACAGCUCACGAUUUGAAGCAGAACUUCUGAGGAACCAAAGGUCUGAUAAAUCCCUAGGAGAGAGGUAUUGUAUGUAGACCCUUGGUCUAGUUGUGACAGCACAGCUCUGAUCAAAUGAAAGCUUCACGCGGUCUUUAUCUGUAGCUGUUGCUGAGCGUCCCUCUUUGACACCCAACGCCUGACUGCGCAUAAGUGGAGGGGAGCAUAGAGAGGGAGGAGAGAAGAGAAAAACAGCAGGAGGAGGGUGAAAUCUAACCAGACUAUGUUGAGGAGCCACAGGCUGCGCACAGCACGUUGCUCUGGAGUUUGAAAGGAUGAAAGGGGGAAGAUUGAGAUUAUUGCUGCAGAGAUUUCCGAGGUGAGGGCAAGUGGAAACUUAUUGACUUCUUUGGCGUCAAUACUGGGAAGGAGAUGAGAAUAAAGUGAUUUUAAUCCACAGGAGGCGCAGGACAGUUACUGUGGAGGAGUGCCGUGCUUUUAAUCCUUCAGAAAAGAGGUCAUUUUCUUAUAGAUAAACUUACUUUGAAAUACUUUACCUUUUAAAACCCACAUCAAUUUUUGUGGGAGGAAGAGAUCUGAGGAUUCGAUCGGAUUUGAGACUCCGGGGCUUCAAAGACAUCUUCUGCUGCAAUUUUUCUCAGAAAAACAUGCAUAGGUAAACCACAUGCAGACUUGGUAUUCUGUGCAAUCUGGAAUCACGAACCUCGUAGGAGAAGCAUGUCAGCUGUAGCCUCGCGUGCGGCGCUCGGAGGAAUAGUGCUGGGAACGAAUUCACUCCUGGCAUAAAAUGAGAAAUUUAUCACAGCCGAUCAUUCCUGACCCACUCUUUCAGAGAGCAUGUGGCUUAUUUCGCCUUCUCCUCUCGCUUUUGAAGCCGUGAGACUCUUCUUUGGAAAAUAAGAGCCGGUGGUUGUGCUUACAGACCGGGAGAACUGAAAUAUUUAAGACUCUGGCUGUGAACGAUGCAAUUAACGAUUAAUGAAAACCGAAGCGGCUGUGAUCAGUAUGCAUAGGUUGCCUACGUUCACUCGGAGAACUGUGGGAGUGAGUUAAGGCGAGAGGACUAAUGACUGACAGCGGAAACAGGUUUGCUGUGAGGUACUUCGGAGUACAUAAUGUGCAUUAGCUUGUUUGCUUCUAGCUGAAUUUAGAAACAGCAAGUGGGGCUCAUUCUUGAUCUUGCUUCCUCAUUAUUUCUUCCUCAGUUCGAGGAACAGGUUGCUGUUGCUAUUAAGCAGAUUUAGAUUAACUGCUGUUUCCAGGACUGCUGUGCCUUUGGGAUGAACAGUUAAGGCAACUCAUAUGGGUCUACAAAACUCAGUUUGUUAGAGCAUUCAGCCACCCAUAAUUUUUAUCUCGUCUCUCAUAUUCAACAUGGUCCCACCGCCCCCUUCCAACAAGCCACACGUUUGCCUUUCGUGUGUGCUUAUCAUGAGUAGCAUGGCGCUGCUGGACGCCUACCUUGUAGAGCAAAAUCAAGGUCCAAGGAAGGUGGGUGUCUGCAUCAUGGUGAUGGUAGGGGACGUGUGUUUCCUCAUCGUUCUGCGGUACAUUGCGGUAUGGGUCGGCGCCGAAGUACGAACUGCUAAACGCGGCUACGCCAUGAUCCUCUGGUUCUUCUACGUCUUUGUGCUGGAGAUCAAGGUAUACUUUGUUUACCAGAACUACAAGGCAGAAGGCGAGAGAGCGGAUGCUCUUACCUGCAAGGCAUUGACGGUGCUUCUUUCAGUGUUCGUGCCGGGACUUUACGUUACGCUGGCAGCCAUCGAUCACAUGGAAUACGUUCGUCCCCUCAAGAAGAGGGAGGAGUUGAGGAGUCGGCUGUUCUGGGUUGUGGUGGAUCUUCUCGACAUCUUGGACAUUCAGGCCAGCCUAUGGGAGCCUCAGAGAAAAGGGCUCCCUCUAUGGGUGGAGGGCCUUACUUUUUUCUACUGCUACAUAUUACUUCUGAUACUGCCGUGUGUGUCGCUAAGUGAAAUUAGCAUGCAAGGUGUGAACAUUGUGCCGCACAAGAUGUUGUUGUAUCCCAUUCUCAGUUUGGUCGCCAUUAACUUUAUUACCAUUUUUAUACGGGGAGGAAAUAUGGUGUUUUAUAGGGACAUCCGAGUGUCUGGAAUACUCAUGGGUAAGAACGUCCUCGCCAUUGUCCUCAAGAUGUGCAGCUUCGUGCAGUACCGGAGACACCUGCAGGAGGCGCCAACACCCUCUCUCGCUCCGGAACUACAGAGAGACGCAGUGCCACAAAGUUCUCGAGGGGGAAUGCCAGUCGUCAUGCCAAUGCCUGUAACCAUGCCAACUCCGCAGGUAGUCAUACAAGAUCUCACCACACUUCCAGAAGAGCCUGAACUAGAGGAAACAUGACAAAUGCCCGAAAGGGUACUUGGACAAUGCACAACAUGAACUGCUUUGAGAUUUUUUUGUCCUAAUGUUAACCUGGGUGUACACUGUACGAUUUCCUACUUUAAGAAUGUUUCUUAACAGAUUGUAUGAUGAUGUUAAUGAUUGGAUACAUAUUAGAACGUUCUGCGCAUAGGUCAGACAUUUAGCUGCAUUGACCGGGCAUUUUAAAGCACCACUUAAUCAUCUUAAGUGUCCCUUUUUUUCUCUGUAGAAAUAGCUAAACAUCCUUAAAAUAAAAUCAAUUUAGACUACUAAAAAGGAUUUUUUUAUAUUCCGAACAUUAAUCUUUCCACGCCGUUAAAUUACUUUAACAGGUUAAUGGCAAAUAAAUGUAAUUAAUAAAAUAAGUCCACAUACCAUUGUCACUUUGAGAGUCUCACACAAAGGGAGUUUCCGACGACAAAAAAGGUGGCAAGAUUCAUACAGUGUGCACCCAGUUUUAAUGAAAAAAAAAAAGUAUUAAAAUCGUUGAUGAAAUGAGUUGUUUAUGUAAUGAAGACACAAGGCAGCUGUGGCUCUGGGGUCAAUUCGAAAUCUUUAAUUCUGGAAUGUAGUAGUUUAUGAACGUCAUUAAUUAACAAGUGGAAUGCCAAGCAAAUAACACUUCAAAGAACUCUCAGUGACCGAUGAUUGUACAAUCACAGACAGCUGCGAAUAUAUCAUCUAUUUUCGUUUUCAUGGUGGGUGUUAUAAAUGUGGUGCAUCAUACAGUAUUUUUGCAGUUAUUUAAUAACUAUGGUGAAAAGUUGUGUUUCGGAACAAAUCAUACUAUAAUUCCUUUCAUUCCUUAUCUUAUUACAAUGUGAAUGAUUUAUAUUUGAUGGAAUUAUGCUUCAUAAAUUCUUUGUUUGGAUGUUUUAUGAGAACCAAAUGAAUGAUAUUUUAUUAAAACAAUGUUUUUGUUGAU